AUGGCAUCAUCUGGUUAUUCACAGUCGUCGGCAUUGCACCUAGUCAUCUCUAGCAUUACUUUCUCUUUCUUGAAACCCAUCGAAGUAGGCAGCAUAGCCGCUUACUGGGGUCAACACACUGAUGAAGGGACCCUAGCCGCCGCCUGCGCCACCGGAAAUUACAAGUUCAUAAUGAUAGCUUUCCUGACCACCUUCGGCAGCGGCCAAACACCAGUUCUGAACCUGGCCGGUCAUUGUGAUCCUGCUUCCACUUGCUCCGGUUUAUCCUCCGACAUACAAUCAUGCCAGAACCAAGGUAUCAAGGUGUUUCUUUCUUUAGGAGGAGCUGUCGGGAGCUACUCGCUCUCGUCAUCUGAAGAUGCACAACAAGUUUCCGAUUACUUAUGGAAUAACUUUCUCGGUGGCCAGUCGAAUUCCCGGCCAUUAGGUGAUGCUGUUUUAGACGGAAUCGACUUUGUUAUUGAGUCCGGAUCAGGUGAGUUCUGGCCUGACCUAGCCAAGGCACUGGCCCUGUACAGCUCUCAGAAAAAGGUCUACUUAUCUGCAGCACCGCAGUGCCCUAUCCCUGACGCUCGUCAUGAUUCCUCAAUCCAGACUGGCUUAUUCGACUACGUCUGGUUGCAGUUCUAUAACAAUCCGCAGUGCGAGUUUGGGGCGGACGCUGAUGCUUUAUUAGCUCGAUGGAACCAGUGGACUCAGGUCAACUCCAAUCAGAUUUUCUUGGGUCUGCCUGCAGCCACCGGAGCUGCCAGCAGCGGAUACAUUCCGCCGGAUGUUCUUACGUCUAGUGUUCUUCCAUCGAUCAAGAGCUCUCCCAAGUAUGGUGGGGUUAUGCUGUGGGACAGGUUCUUUGAUCAACAAAGUGGAUACAGUGCAGCUAUCAAAAACAGUGUUUGA